AUGCUCCUCCCCACCCCCACACCUCCCCAAAUUCGCUCUUGGCAACGCACCCCCCUGCUAACCCAGCACCUCUACCGCUUCACCCGCCUCCUCUACUCCCUACUAAUCAUCCCUCCUCAAAUUCCCCUCCUCCUCAUUUACUCUCUCCUGCACCUCCCUUAUCACGGCCGCUCGCACUGGUCCUUCCGUUACCGACUUACACUUCUCAUUGCCUCCCAUCUAACCUGGGCUUUACACCCCGGCACCCACCCCCUCAAAGACGUGCUCUCCUUCCCCGCCCGCUGCACCAUCCCUCCCCUCCCAGCUACCCAGCACACCUGCCUCGAAGUCAUACCACCCGCCUCCGAGGAUUGGUAUACCGACGAUGCACUAUCGCCUCACACAAAUACACAGAUCGGUAUACACAAACCCAUCCAACCAGAAAGCUGUCCCUGUUUCUGGCAAUGGACCUCCACCAUCAGCUCACCCUUCCACCACACACCUCCACUCUCCCACCGUAAAAUCAUGCUAUACCUCGUCAGUAGCGUAGUCGAAGGGCAUCCCCUCCUUUCUCCCAUACCCUGGCGUCUCAUGCCCAAAACGCUCAUCCCCAUCUUCAGCGUCAAUUUUCGCAAAUGCGUCACAUCCAAAACGGCUUUUCCAGCCGCAUUACAAGAUGCCAUUUCGGCAUUUGCGUUUCUGCUCGAAAGAGGAUAUCGGGCCGAAGAUAUAUCGAUACUGGGGGAUUCGGGCGGUGCGGGGAUUGCUAUUACGUUUUUAUUAUAUCUACAUAAACAUCGCUUUCCCAUGCCGGAAAAUGCAAUUUUGAUAUCCCCAGUUGUGGAUCUAGUAUCCAAAUUUGACGGGAAGCGAAAAGGAAAAGGAAAAGAAGAAGAUGAACGAGAAGAAGAAGAAAGAAAAUUAAUGCAGUUGGAUUAUAUAAAUAAUGAAAUGUGUGGCAUAGCGAGCUAUCAAUACUGUGAAAAUCGUCCGGAAUUGCGAGAUACGCUUUUGAGUCCGGCUCUGGGAAAUUUACCGCAUCGGUAUACGUAUGAGGGAUUAUGUAGAAGUAUGGUUGUUUGGGGCGAUGCUGAGGCUUUUGGUUUGGGCAUACGCAAAUUCGUCCAAAAUCUACGUAGAGCGAAUGUAAAGGUAGAGACGGUGGUGGGAAAAGAUGAAGUUCAUGAUUUUCCAAUGUACUCGAAGGCUGAUGGACCAGAGGAGUUUUAUGGGCGCGUAAGGGCGUUUGUGGAGGGGGACGGGGAAGGGGGGUAUGAAUAA